CCCAGCAGAGGCGGGACACGUCCCAGCACGGCGUAAGGGCGCGCGGCAUCCUGGGAUAUGUAGUCUGGCUGGGACCAGAGCGCCCCCUCGAAUGAAUGGGGUCGGGGCUGACAGUGAACUACAGCUCCUCUGGCCGGGAGCGUUGGUGGCGGCGCCGGGGAAGAGCGGCGCUCCGGGAAGGGACGAAGUUCUGUGCCACCGCCGAGGUAGUGGUCUAGGCGGGCGCUUCCUCCGCGCGCGCGCUCCCCUUCCCUGCGCCCGCCAUGCGCCCGCUCUUCGCGGUGGGCCUGGUGUUCGCCGGCUGCUGCAGUAACGUGAUCUUCCUGGAGCUCCUGGUCAGGAAGCAUCCAGGAUGCGGGAACAUUGUGACAUUUGCACAAUUUUUAUUUAUUGCUGUGGAAGGCUUCCUCUUUGAAGCCAAUUUGGGGAGGAAGCAGCCAGCUAUCCCAAUAAGAUACUAUGCCGUCAUGGUGACCAUGUUCUUCACGGUCAGCUAGGUGAACAACUAUGCCCUGAACCUCAACAUCACCAUGCCCCUGCACAUGAUAUUUAGAUCUGGUUCUCUAAUUGCCAACAUGAUUCUAGGGAUUAUCAUUUUGAAGAAAAGAUACAGUAUAUUCAAAUAUGCUUCCAUUGCCCUGGUUUCUGUGGGGAUAUUUAUUUGCACUUCCAUGUCAGCAAAGCAGGUGACUUCCCAGUCCAGCUUGAGUGAGAAUGAAGGAUUCCAGGCAUUUACAUGGUGGUUACUAGGUAUUGGGGCACUGACGUUCGCACUCCUGAUGUCCGCGAGGAUGGGCAUCUUCCAAGAGACUCUAUACAAACAGUUUGGGAAACAUUCCAAGGAGGCUUUGUUUUAUAAUCAUGCCCUUCCGCUGCCUGGAUUCAUCUUCUUGGCUUCUGACAUUUAUGACCAUGCAGCUCUUUUCAAUAAGUCUGAAUUAUAUCAAGUUCCAGUUGUUGGUGUGGCAAUGCCCAUCAUGUGGUUCUACCUCCUCAUGAAUGUCAUCACUCAGUACGUGUGCAUUCGGGGUGUCUUUAUUCUCACCACAGAAUGCACCUCCCUCACCGUCACACUCGUUGUGACUCUACGCAAGUUUGUGAGCCUCAUCAUCUCCAUCUUGUACUUCCAGAACCCUUUCACUGUGUGGCACUGGCUGGGCACCUUGUUUGUCUUCAUUGGGACCCUCAUGUACACAGAGGUGUGGAACAACCUGGGGAUCACAAGAAGCCAGACUCAGAAGGAGGACAAGAAGAACUGAGGCCUGCCUGGGAGACCAGGGUCUGGCUAAGGUCUGGCUGCCAUUUCUCUUUUGUUAAUGAGAAUUACCCCCAGCACUGAACCACCACGUACCAGAGAAUCCUCAGAGGAGGGGACUUCUCAGAUUUCACAUGGCUUUACAGACCAACAUGUGUAGACUCUGAACAGAAACCUUUCAACCCUGAAUUAGAAAAAAGAAUAGUUAUCUACUAUUGAACAACCAUUUGUUUACCAAAAUAUACAGUACUGUACUUGUUUAUUGAGUCCCAGAGCUACUCGUUUUAUAUCCAUGGUCUUGCACAAGACUCUCCAUUUUGUUGUUGUUCUGAUGAUUCUCUGCCAUAACAACCAUUAUCUCGUGUCCUCA